AUGACAGAUACACUCAAGCCAUAUCGAAUGUCUCAACUCGAGGGCGGACAUCGUCCGGGCUCCGACGCAAUCUUCAACUCUCACAGCAGAGAUGGCAUCCUCUCCGCCCUCAAAGAAUGGAACUCUCGGUGCAUUCUUCUAGUCCACAGCAAAGCGCUGGCCAAAAACACACCUGUUAUCUCCGAUCUAAAAGAAGCUCUUGGCGACCGCCUUACCAACGUCAAAGAAGGCGUCGGCUCUCACUCGCCAUACUCAGAUGUCAUCGACAUUGCCCAUCGCAUCACUGAACAUAAGAUAGACUGUGUCAUCAGCGUCGGCAGCGGCUCCUACUCUGAUGCUUGUAAAGUUGCGCGUCUAAUGUCCGCUACUCUACCCAAUGGAUUCCGCGAGCAAGACAUGGAAGAUCUGCUGGAUCAAGAGAAAGGCGUUGCGCCACAGGACAAAAUGAGAAAGGCGCAGGGCGUGAAGCUCAUUCUCGUUCCGACGAGUUUAUCAGCGGGAGAAUGGAAUCACACAGCGAGUUGCACGAACAGCGUGGGUAAGAAGCAGCAUUUCUCACUUGAGGAUGGUGGCGCGCCGGAUUUAAUCCUCAUGGAUCCAUGGGUUGCCAGAACAUCACCUGAAAAACUGUGGUUGAGCUCUGGGAUACGAGCUGUGGAUCACUGCAUUGAAACGCUGUGCAAUCCCGAAUGCAAAAAGUAUCCAGAUGUACAAGAAUGGUGCGAAAAAGCACUGCGAGAUUUGGCCAAGGGGUUGGUCGAGUAUAAAGAGGGAUUGGGCAGAGGAAAAGGAGGUGAAGACGAGCUUCUUCACGGCGUGAGCAAGUGUCAAGCUGGAAGUCGCAUGGCGCUCAUGGGCUUCAUCAUUUAUAGAGUGAACAUGGGUGCCAGUCAUGCAAUUGGCCAUCAACUGGGUAGUGUUGGGAAGGUCAUGCAUGGUAUUACGAGCUGCAUUAUGCUUCCUCCUGUGUUACGAUACACCAAGGCGCGAAACCCCGAGGCACAGAGCAAGAUCGUGAGAAUCUUUAAUGAGACGUUGGGAUGGGAAGAGGCCGAUGCGGGUGAUUGCGUUGCGCGGCUUGUCAAGGUUACAGGGCUGCCAAGUACACUAAAAGAGGUCGGGGUUACAAGCGACGAACAGAUUGAGCAGAUCAUCGACAAGACCAUGACGGAUGUAAUGUUCUCGUUCGGCAAGGUCUUGACGAGAAAAGAAGUAUCUGAGAUUGUGUACUCGACUAAAUAG